AUGGGGACCAGAGGGAUCAAGACACAAGAUGGGAACCAGGGGAAUCAAGACAAGAUCGGGACCAGAGGGAUGAAGACACAAGAUGGGGACCAGGGUACUCAAGACACAAGAUGGGAACCAGGGGGAAUCAAGUCACAAGAUGGGGACCAGAGGGAUCAAGACACAAGAUGGGGACCAGAGGGAUCAAGACACAAGAUGGGGACCAGGGGGAUCAAGACACAAGAUGGGGACCAGAGGGAUCAAGACACAAGAUGGGGACCAGAGGGAUCAAGACACAAGAUGGGGACCAGAGGGAUCAAGACACAAGAUUGGGACAAGAGGAAUCAAGACACAAGUUGGGGACCAGAGGGAUCAAGACACAAGAUGGGGACCAGGGGAAUCAAGACACAAAAUGGGGACCAGGGGAAUCAAGACACAAGAUGGGGACCAGAGGGAUCAAGACAAAAGAUAGGGACCAGAGAGGCCCAGCAUAGACCAAAAAGCAAGAUGGGGUCAAGGAUUAAAGCAGACAGAAGGUCAGGGUUAGGGCCAGGGGCACUCAAAGACAAGUUUAGCCCAGGGGGAUCCAGACACAAGACUGGUCUACAUGGACCUAGACUGAAGUUGAGAGCAAUGAUAGGAACCUAG